AUGUUUCAAAACAAACACGUCUCGAAAACUAUUGAUGACACGAAUCAACUCAUAUCUCACGCUUUAGGACGAUAUAAGGCCUCAAGUCCACAAUGCGAUGGUACCAAAGUGUCCGCCAUGGAAGGACAGUGGGAGUUCUUCGUGUCCUGUGCAAAAGAUAAGGCAGAGAGCCAUACUCAAGCAGCGAGGUUCUGGAACAGAGUGGACACGUUUUUUGGACUUUCUCUAAUCUUUUUGUCAGCCAGUACAACCGCAUUGGCGCUUCUUGAUGGAGUUCCAAAAGAAGUCGUCGCGGGUAUCGGAGCUGUGUCAACAAUGUUAGCAGCCUCGGCGUCUUUUCUUAAAGCCGCCGACCGCCGACAGCUUCACGAGAAGACCUCGAGAGGUUUCCGAUCCUUGAUGGUUAAAAUGAUCAGCUGCGAAUCAGAAAAAGAUUAUGAGAAAUAUUGGGCGGAUUUUAACCGAGAAAUUAUGGACGAACCUAUCAUGCCGAAGAAGUUUACUAAAAAGUUUAAAAUGAAUUUUAUCAUGACUCCUGAAUUACGAGAGGUUGUGGAGGAAAAAGAACUAGCCAUUGUCCAGCUGGAAAACAAGAAACUGCAAGAACAGGAGGCUGCCGAGAAAGCAGCAGAAAAGCUGGCAGAAAAACAGGCUGAAAAGGAACCAGAAUACAGCACUUCCCCCAGGAAAGAUAACUGGCAAAGCCUUAUUGAAAUCCCAGAAAUUGCCUCCGUGUCUGAUAAAAUGUUUAGAGAUCAGUUGAACCGCUCUGCCCAGGCCAAUGUCUGAGACUUGAGAACGAAUUUGACCACAUGCUAGCUAGAUUUAAUUCUUUGAACAUGCACGUUCUAAUUCUAAGCACGUCAUUGCAUUGUGGUCAUGCAUGAGAGCUCCAGAGCGUCCGAGCCAUCUUAUAUCGCUGGUUUAACCACACUGAACAACGCAAAUGGAAAGUCUGUGGAAAGUUACUCGGCGAGUAUUUGUAGUUAAACGACGGUUCACAAGUUAACAAAUCAUUCAAACUCCGCCAUCAUUCUUGUAUACUUGCAUGUUGACCAACGGCCAGAGUGCUACAGCAACUUUGAUCCAGUUCAUACGCCGCAUUUUGGUCGCGUCGAAUGCAAUUAAAACAAUAGCCUGUGCACCAGUGCUGUGCACAGACAGAAUCUAAUUAUCUAUUGUUUGAAUUCGACGCAACCAAAAAGCGAUGUAUAAACUAGCACCUUAGCACUAGAAUACAUAAUAUAUAAUUUUAUGACACAUUAUGAUCAAUUGAUAUAUUAUCGGAUUCUUCAGAGUGGUAAUUAAA